CUGCCGCGGGCGAUGGACAGCUCCUCCCGGGAUACCACGUGCUGGGGAGUGAGGGCUCCGUGCCAGCACACAGGAGCACCCCAGAGCUGAAGAGGGUAGUGGGGGUGUUGGCAUCUCAGGAUUAUCACGUUCUGGCAGCCCAGAGGAAAGAUGACCCAAGCCCUUUGAACCUUUGCCAUAGCAUCCCUGUUGGGCAGGGAGAGCCGAAGGACACGCUGAGGAACACCACGGACAGGGCUGGGAGCAGCCAGUGCCGCAGCCCCGGUGGGAUGUCCCCCGAGGAGCCUGUUGGGCAGAGACAGCUAACCAAAGGAAUGGUGGUAGCCAACGGCAAGCCAGUUCUUGUUCCCGUUGGAUCUGAGCCCCUCAGGUCUUCCCCUGCAGAGCCCCUGGUGCAGCAGAGCCCGGAGGCACAGGCCCAAGGAGCCGUUCUGGACAAAGACCCGUCCCUGGCGCAGCCACCCAGCUCCUCACACCUGCCCUCCCACUUCAUGAGAGGAGCCAUCAUCCAGCUGGCCACGGGCGAGCUGAAGCGCGUGGAGGACCUGCAGACGCAGGACUUUGUUCGCAGUGCGGAGGUGAGUGGGGGCCUGAAGAUCGACUCCAGCACCGUGGUGGAUGUUCAGGAGAGUCAGUGGCCUGGGCUUGUCACGCUGCAUUUUGUGGUUGGGGAGCAGCAAAGUAAAGUGAGCAUUGAUGUGCCCCCGGAGCAUCCCUUCUUUGUGUAUGGCCAGGGCUGGUCCUCCUGCAGCCCGGGGCGGACUGCCCAGCUCUUUGCUUUGCCCUGCCAUAGGCUGCAGGUGGGGGAUGUCUGCAUCUCAAUCAGUUUACAGAGCAUGAACGGCAACUCUGCCUCUCAGGCCAACUCCCCUCUCACGGAUCAGCUGGUAUCUGCUAGGGAGAGGUCUGAACGAACAGCUCAGGGGCCCAGAGAGCCACCUGACAGAGCUGCCGAGAAGAAGAGCCACACAGACAGGGACAGCGCGGCCCAGAGCUCUCGUGCAGAGCCCUCUCAGGCUGAGGCUGGCAGUCAGCACAGCUGGGCAGCCCCAGGCUUCCAAAGAUACAGCGUGCAGGCAGAGGAGCCCCGACCCUCCCUGCUCCGUCCCUCGUUCAUCCCCCAGGAGGUGAAGCUGUCUAUCGAAGGGCGCUCGAACGCAGGGAAGUGA